AUGCAGAGGCAACGGAUUCUCUGACUUCUUCUUGACCGGCAUAUCGCAAAAAUGAUACUCCUGCAUACGCGCAGAAGAAGACGACUGAAAAGGAUCGUAAGUUUGACGCUUACUUUUAUGAAUGAGACGAUUCUGCAUUCGAAAUGAAGUCAGCCAAUCUACUCUUGCACUCGUACCAUAGCCAUGGUUUCUACUACCGUUGUUUCCGCCCCCGGUAAGGUCCUCCUAGCUGGAGGAUACCUUGUAUUGGAUCCUGCAUAUUCUGGAGUGGUGGUAUCGACGAGCUCUCGGUUCUAUACAGUGGUGCAGGAUUCGGGAUUAGCUCAGGAUGUCGGACGCCCAAUUCAGAUUCGCGUUCGAUCACCCCAAUUCGUCGAUGCAACUUGGACGUAUACCGUCAACGUUGACCGGGAAAGUGUUCGCGUAGACCCGAUCGCAAAGAACCACUCAAAGAACAAGUUCGUCCAUCUGGCUCUAGAACGAACUCUUGCGUUGGCUCUGGAGUUGAAAGGCUUGCAGGCUUUGCAAGAGAACCUCUCGAACGACCUUGCUAUCACAAUUGUCGGCGACAAUGAUUUCUAUUCUCAACGAGCUCAGCUGGCCUCUCGCAACCUCCCACCGACUUUAGAAUCACUGUCAAAACUUCCAUCGUUCCUUCCAACUGGUGUAGUAAUCUCAGAAGUGCAUAAGACAGGCCUCGGUUCCUCCGCUGCACUCAUCACAUCAUUGGUGUCCUCCCUACUCCUCCACCUGAAUGUCAUUCCCUCGGAUUCAUUCAGCACUCAGGGCGGUUCGGAGUCCGCCAGUGAAGGUAGACUACUGGCACAUAACCUAGCUCAAUACGUUCACUGUCUUGCUCAGGGCAAGGUCGGGAGCGGGUUUGAUGUGUCUGCAGCUGUCUUCGGAAGUCAGCUUUAUACACGGUUUGAGCCCGCCGUGCUACAACCUCUGAUGAGUGGUCAAGUGCCGCCUGGCUCUCUGCAUAAGGUUCUGACACCAUCGAAUUCGGCGUGGAAUUUCAAAGCGGAGCCGUUCCAGCUUCCCCCGUAUGUUCGUCUGAUGUUAGCAGACGUAGAUGCUGGCAGUGACACGCCGUCACUUGUCGGCAAAGUGUUGAAGUGGAGACAAGAGAAUAGCGCGGCGUCUAAGAAAACAUGGGACACCAUCGAUGGCCACAAUCAGAAACUCAGCAAGACCUUACUUUCCCUCUCACAACUGGGAUCAAGUCAUCCUGGACCGUAUCAGAAGAUGAUUAAAUACCUCUCUACCCUGCAGUCUGUCCAGUGGCUGUCAAACCCAAGUCUCCCUUCAGAGGAACAGACUAUUGUCGAGGCGUUCUCUCGAGCAAGACAAGCGGCUGAGGAUAUUCGUAAUAAUAUGCGGGAAAUGGGCAAUCUCUCGGGGGUUCCAAUCGAGCCACCAGAGCAGACUGAACUCCUUGACGCUUGCACAUCCGUCGCAGGUGUGAUUGGUGGUGGUGUGCCAGGAGCUGGAGGUUACGAUGCCAUCUGGCUGCUGGUCUUCGACCCCGCUGAUUGUCCCAUCGAGGAGCUACCAUCUACUCGUGUCCAGGGUGUGUGGUCUUCUUGGAAAGGUCUUGACGUGUCGCCGCUUCUCGCGUCAGAGAGCAAAGAGAAAGGUGCUCGUGUUGAAGACUUGAAUGCUAUACCCGGUCUGCAGGAUGCUGUUAAUGGAUCAUCAUAGAGCAGGGAUUGUUUAAUGUUGUGGCAAGUCUGAAAGAAUGUAUACCAUGAGUCGUCCUAAGUGUCUUAUUUAUAGAUUCUAGAUUUCUGUGCAUGUAUACUUAGCGAUCAUUGACGUAUGAGCCAGGCUAAAUUUAGUCACCGUGUACAUUGUCUACUGUGCCAAGGACUUGAUUACUACGCAAAGUCGUACCGACACCAGGAAACG